AUGGCGACAGGAAGUGAUAGACCAAAGAACAUUGAUGGAUUUCAGAAGGUAUUAAAUUCACUUAUAUUUCUUAAUAAGCACUAAACUCUAAAGGCCCGAUCACAGUACACAACGAUAACGAUACGAUAACUUGUAAACAUGCAAAAAUUAUGUUGUCCACACUACAGCGAAAACAAUAAAAUGAUCGUUUGAAGAUAACGAUUUUAAAGUCGCUCACCCGAGCCGAGCAAUUUUUUUUUUCAGUCGGACGAUAACGAUAAAUUUUUGACCAAUCAGCGCGCUUAUUCAAGUUAUCGUUGUGUAUCUAGUGUGAUUCUUCGUUAUAUGUGUCCAAACAUGGUAAACAAAUAUAACAUCUGUCAAGACUAUUGGCAGACGAUCUAGAUCUUGCGUGGGUAGUUACUUUGACAACAAAAUGAUUCGCCUGACAGUGUAUAAUUUAUGGUAUUAAUUAAACAAACUAUUACAAAACAUCGAGUAUAAUUUCAAUCCAGAACUAUUGUCAUUGUGAAUCGUCUGUUCUAGCUAGUUUCUCUGGAUAGUUAGCGUACAGCGACGUCGUAGAUGGUAUCAGUUAAACUCGCAUUCGAGAAUUUGGAAUGCAUUGUUUCCCGUGUUGCUAUCGAGGUGGGAGGCAUUUCAAAGCACACGGGGGGUGGGGGAGAAAAUUUGGGAACGGAGAGCCACUCCGUUCCCACUCCGUUCACUAUAGUCUCGCUUCGCCGUCUGUAUUUUCCCACCCUUGCAUCCUAAUUAGCCUUUCUCACGAUGACGAAUAUCUGCCAUUAUUGGGUGGCAUAAAAUUUUCAUUAUCCAAUGCAGACAAUUAAAACAAUGUGAAAAGCAAUUUUUCAAAAUAAACUAACUAUUUACAAAGCAAAUUUACCAUCAUUCAUCCAAAACAUUAUAAAAAGCACAGACUUCAGCUGAAAUGCCACCCAAUGGCGGCUAAUUGGAAUACACCUGUUGCAUAAACCGCGGAAGUAUCAGAAAGAUGUAUUCUGCAAGGAUGGGGUAUGCACGUUCAUUAAAUGUAGAUAUAUAUCUUAGUAAAUUGACCCGAAAUCCUAGUAAUAUGCAAGAAACUUUCCAAAGUGUGUUGGCUUUAUUAAAAAAUAAUAUUUUCAACUGAUAAAAUGUUAAUCUUCCACAGGGUCUGUCAUUAAUUUUGGAAGCGAAGGAAGAAGAUGCCGUGAAAAGAACAACACUGGAACAGUUGCUUUCCCAAACUGCAGUUUGUUUACAUGGCCUACAGGGAAACGUUUUUUCUGUAAUAAAUGGAGAUUUUCCUGACCUUUUGAAAACGUUUGAAGAACGUAUUGAACGACUGCAACAAAGAGAUUACUGCAUCCUGGUUGCUGGUAAAUUAAAUGUCCAUUAAGAAUAUUAUAUACUCACACAUCAUUCUGCACCAUUUAGAGGCAGAGCCAAAGCAUCUGUCCGGCAAUUGUAGAACCAAUAAAAUACGAGUUCUUGAAUAAAAACACUCAACCAUUUAUACUUUUGACAGAUAAUUGACUUUUAGUUUAGCCAGUUUGUGUAAAAAUCCAUGUUAAAGCUUUAUCUCCGAUGCAAGUUGACAUUAUUUUUAUAUAUAUCACUACCUUUACCAAACAUAGACAACCAAAUUGAUAUUUUCAUGCUGAAAUUAGCUAUACGGAAAAUGUUAUGAUAUAUUUGGACAUUUAGGCCAGGGUCAAACGUCAGUGAAUUUUUCAUGCGCCGAACCUAAUGCAAAUGAAGUGAAACAAAGAACUUAGCUCAUUAACAUUAGGUUCGGCGCAUGAAAAGUUCGACGUUUGACCCUAGCCUUAGAGUGCGAAUUACAGUGUUUUGAACAUUUUGUUUUGCUUAUAAGUCUUAUACAAUUGACUGGAAUUUGCCGCUGCAGUAAAAAUGAGCACUUGCAUGUCAGGGAGAUUAUUUUCGGCACUAUGCGAGUCGAAACAGUCCACUUUUAUCAACUCUCAUGUAACUUUUGUUCUCAUUUGACCAGAGCACGAACUAGAGUUGAGAAAAUUGUCAUGCAUAUACUCCCGCUUGCCAUCUCGUUUGACCGAAACUUUACUCCACACUAUUAAUCUACAACUUUAAUAUAGCUUGUGAUAUCGUGUUUUUAGGGGAAACCAGUUCUGGAAAAAGCUGUAUGAUAAACCUGUUACUUGGUGUAGACCUUUUACCUUACUCCAUCCUCAGCACAACAUCAACAAUAUGUGAGAUAAAGUACGGCCUACACCCAAAACUUGUUGCGCAUUAUAAAAACGAUGGCGAUAACUCCACACCACCACUGCUGCCGAAAACUGUAAAAUUGAGAGAUCCCAAUGAUUGUGGCAAGAGCUACCGAGACCAAAUUGCGCCUUAUGUUCAUUUGAAGGAGAAGAGGGAAGAAGGAACCAGCUAUGAGAAAGUGGAGAUAUUCUGGCCACAUGAAUUGCUAAGGGUGAGAUGAAAAAUUAUAACGGUCGCCAUGGUUAAUGACGUCACAGAGUAGAUACAUGUACAGAUUUAUAACUAGUGUACCCACUUUUUUUGUGCGCAUGCUCGGCAAGUUAUAACUAGAUGUAUGCAUCUCAUUGGAUGGCGACUCGCUUUAACUGCUCGCGGAACUUGCCGAGACGCGCAGUUGAUCAGCAUUUUUUGCCCGUUCACCUGAAAAAAAGUGGGUACAUGAAAACGUAAGUUUCCGCAACGAACGGCCAGUUCCAGCUCUCUGAUGACGUUGCCUGGAAGUGUUGUGCACAUGAUGUUUGAAUAAGAGGCCCUGAAGAGGUUGGGUCUUAUAGAUCUCCCAUUUCCCAGUCAUGUUUUAGACCCAGUCCCAACUGGAAAUCCCAGAGCAGGUGGUUCAUAAAUGUGAUGACUUUUAAAACGCAUUUCCGCAUGCAAUUGUACUAUUUAUGAACUAGUUUUGCCGAGUAAAAAGUAAAUGACAGACUCGCGAUGGCAGAAAAAGGACCCCAUCGAGCUUAUACGUCGGUUAAAUUCAGUUUUCUUGGACUUUUACUAACAAAUUCAAAAUUUGUUCUAUAGCUAUUUUUAAUUAAAGUUAUUGUUUUAUAGCUGUUCUUAAAGUUUCAUGAUAGUUCCUAAUCCAAAAAUAGGUUCCCAUUUUACCCCUUCAGAACCCUCGAAUAAGGAUGACGCUGGCUAUAUACCAAGAGGAUAUCUUUUCCUUACUUCAUAUACCUGGAGUCUAGAGUAUAUAAGAGAUUGUAGCGUGACUUUAUAUCACCUGUGAUGAAAACACUAGACAGGGGUGUCGAAACGUUGGGGGAUUAUAUUAAUUUAUUAUACCAGAACAGCGUUAAUUCCUUUGAAGGGAUUACAUUUGCCCGGAAACAACAGAGUACGUUAUCUACAUGUAAUAGUUUGCAAGUAAGAUAUGUAGACACAUGACCUUUCUAGGUUGGUAUUGUGAUUAUCGACAGUCCAGGUGUUGGUGAAUCUGAGAAAAUGGAUCAAAUUUUGAUGAGCUACCUUCCAAAGGCUUUUGCUUUUAUCUACGUGAUUAGCUGUAAUAAUGCUGGAGGUAUUCAAAAAGACAGGGUGGGUAUUAAAUAAUUAUUCUCAAUUCUGCUUUUGCAAAAACCAGCGAGAAAUUCGUUCCCUCUGCUUGUAUUCGGUCUCCCCAAACACGAACGCCACGGCCAGCCGUUUUUUGGUUUAGUAAAUAGAUUCUGUAAUUAUAAAAAGCGCCAUAUAUCUUUCGAAAAGGUCUCUGCUGGUACCAUGCUAAAAACAAUUUAGCGUUUCCGUGCUUCACAUGCAAAAAAAACUUUUUCAAAAAUUUCUGUUUCACAGCAAGCGCCUUUCACCUCUGAGAUCUUGGGUUCGAUCUCCUUGCGGGCUCAUGUGGACGUGGAUUUAUUCCGGUACGCCGGUUGAUCUGGGGAAAAUGCACCACAUUUGAGCCGAAUGUGGAAUAAAUUCCCUCGCGUAAUACAAAUUAAUACAAAAUUUGCAAAUUUCGCAUUUUCCUCAUUUUACAACAUUUCGCGGCCAAACUUUACUAAUUUUAACAUGCUCUUUCGAUUCUAGCUGUGGUGAUACCGGUAGAUGUUUUUCUUCUUGCCUAUAGAUCACAAUUUAGUCCAUAGCUGGGAUCUUCCAUUUAGCUUAAUUAUAUAGUAAGGAAGCAAGUAACGGGAUGACUAACACACUCCUACUUACUUACCAAAACUUACCUUGUUUAGUUGGUAAGGAUCUUGGACAAGGUUCGUAGUCUUGAAUCUGAAGAUCAAAUUAAUUCUAACGAUUUGGCCGAGUGCGCGUUAUUUGUUGCCAAUAAAUGGGACCAGGUGGAUGAAGACGAACGGUCUGUAGUGAAGCAACACAUUGUUGAACAGUUGAAUCUGUAUUGGCCAGAUGGAAAUCCAGUUGCGCAAACAGUCUAUGUUUCAACAAAAGAUGCUCUGAAGGAGCAGAAACGUGGCCGUAUCACUGAAGAAUAUGAUGUUUUACUGGAAGGAAUAAAGUCCAUGAUUUUGAAGGCUAUUUACAGCAGAUUGAAUAACCACUGGACGUGAGUAUCUAGCUCUCUGGACAUCACACGCCAAAUCUCAAGUAUAUAUAUAAAUGUCACGUUACUUAUAUGCCCGUUUAAUUACUGUCAGUUCUGAACUGCCCUCCUCAUGAGAUGGCUAGCACUAUUUUCCAUCCAGCAAACUGACCUGACGUCAUUUUUGGAAGAUGGAAGAGGUGUUAAAUGGCUAUAUAACUAACCUAAACCCUACUCUAACUCCUAACCCUAACUGCAACCCUAACCCUAACCCUAACCCUAACCCUAACCCUAACCCUAACCCUAACCCUAACCGAAUUAAUAAAAAAAUCCAAUCUUUGACUAGUGUUACUAUAUGCAACACCUUUUAUCGUUUUAGAUGGGUGAACAUAGUUUUGGAUCGUAUACUUUUCAGGAUUAAUGGAUUCAACAAAUCUAUGUUAGAAGAUCGUGACAGCCUUAUCCAGCGAAUGAAUGCACUUCAUAGGAAGAUAUUGGUGCUUCAGGAAGCACGUCAACAGGAGAUAGCUGAACUGAAAAGAAAGUUUGUGGAUGAAACGGAAAAUAUUGUCGAUGCGCUUUUUGAUUACCUUCGUUCCUCGGAAUUCGAAAGAAAAUUUACAACAUGGGAAACCAGCGAAAUUCCGGUCGCUGAAGAGUCGUGGAAAUUGACGAAGGUUAAGAUUCAAAAAGCAUUGGAAGAUAGAUUUGAGAUGUUUUUGACAAAAUGGGAAGAAAGGAAUGGUGUCCACGCCAAAGUACACGACGAACUUGUCCAAUGUUUUCAAUCAAGGUCUGAAUUUUAACUUGCAUCACAUUGCAUUGCAUUGUAUUGCAUUGGUACUUUAUUGUAUUGUAUUGGUACUUGCAUUAUUGUAUUGUAUUGUAUUGGUACUAUUAAUACCAGUAUACCAUGGUAUACUGGUAUGGGCAUUCUUACUGUACUGGAUUGCGUUGUGUUGUGUUGUGUUGUGUUGUAUUGUGUUGUGUUGUGUUGUGUUGUGUUGUGCUAUACUAUGUUGUGCUGCGCAUUGCAAUUUAAUUGUAUUGUAUCAUAUAAUCGUAUUGCAGUUUGGAAAGUUUACUGUAGGUAAUUAAUGAAUUUCUGAAUUUUUACCUUAACAUAAGAAAUUAAGCUAUUGUAUUUCAAUGUAUAACUUGAAAAUGAUGUUAAUAUUAUUAUUUUAAAGAUUUCGUCUCGCAGAAGCAGAGAUAAAAGAAAUAGAAGACAUAAUACACACCCAACAUUCCCAAGCUAGUUCUGAAUCUACUGAGAAAAAUAAAAAAGUGCUUCAAUUUAAUAUCCGCGCAAAGGUUAUAAUUGGAGCUACAAGUCCCCUAUGGGUCACUGUUGGUGUUGCGAGUUUGAUUAUAGCACUUCCGGCGCUUGCUAUCAGACAGGCUCGAAAAAGUAUUGGAGCAAAAAUGAAGAUUGAUGAUUAUCAAAAAGAUCGAGAAGGAUACUUAACAAAAAAAUCCAAGAAGUUUUUGACGUCUGUGACUAAAGAAAACGUACGUGAGUUUGUUAAGGAACAGAUGCAUUUAGCAGAUGCAAUGUUGCAAGAAUAUGUGUCCAGAAUUCCGAGAAUCCUCGAAGCAAACAGAAGAAUGGCUUCGGAAUUGAUGCAUGAGACGCGAUCUAAAGAUGAGGUAUGGCGAUCCAACUUACCCGUAUUCAACAAAUGUGUGGAAUUGAAAAAAAUGCUGUCCAAAUUUGGAAUCCAAAUCUGGUCGGAAACGAUCAGUUCAAACCAGCUCAGUUGGAGUGAGGAUCCUUUAAUUGGAGAAGGGGAAUUUUCUUCAGUGUAUUCGGGUGUUUUAAGCAAUGGCAAUGCAGAAAAUUCCGAAGACAGCCGCCCUGUAGCAAACGUGGCUGUUAAAGUUUUUAAACAACCUCUUGAUUGUGAAAAUGCCAACUUAUUUCUGCAAAACGAAGCCAUAUUAAGGUAAGUUAUGCUGGAAUCAUAGGCGUACGAGACAGGCAGCAGAGGGGGCAACUGCCCCCUAAAACUUUAGAAAACCAUGGAAAUUUGGGCAAAUGCUAAAAAUAA